AUGUGGCCGCUGCGCUGUGCCAGGCGCAAGGUCGUGGUGCGGGCGGCUGGGGACGAGCUGGAGGCCUGGCAGGUCACCAAGCUGCAGCAGGCCUUGACGGCCGGGCGGCGACAAGUGAAGGUCGAGAAACUCUGCAAGGAGCUGGGGCUGCCGCGCCAGACAGUCCUGCAGUGGCUGAAGGGCGCGCCGCCGCCCGACCGGGCGCAGCAGAGCCUGCUGGAGGCUCAGGUGGCAGCGGAGCAGGCGGCGGCGGAGCGGCAAGCCAUCCUGCAGCAGCCGCAGGCGCAGCGGGCGGCAGCCCCCGGCGCCAGGAGCGCCGCGAAGCGGCCAGCGGCAGCGCCGGGGCCGGGCGGCAGCUACGGUCCCGGCGGUACGCCCGCCUGGAAGCACUACCACAAGAAGAAGGCGCUGGGGCGGCAGGCGGAGGCCACCCUCGAAAUGAUCUUCACGCGCACGCAGUGGCCCAGCGACGAGGCUGUUUCCAGCCUGUGGGACCUGCACCGCCUGCCCCGAGAGAAGGCCCUGGACUGGUUCAAGCAGCGGCGGCGCCAGGAGCAGCAGCAGCUGCGGGGCGGCGUCGGCAAGCGCGCCGCCAAAGAGGCGGGAGCCGAGGAGAGCACCCGCUGGGCUGCUGAGAGCGACGCGGAGUGA